AUGUCCACUGUCAAAGAGAUCACCAGCGUCGAGGAGUGGGAGGCGCACGUCUCCUCCCUGCCGCCUUCAGCGCUUCUGGUUGUUUCGUUCCAUGCCCCGUGGGCAGCCCCCUGUGCGCAAAUGGCGACUGUGCUGUCGACUCUCGCUAGCGAGUACCCAGUAACCGAGCCCUUGUCCACUUCGUGGGUUUCUAUCAACGCGGAGGAGUUGUCUGAUAUUAGUGAGGCCUACAACGUCACGGCCGUCCCAUUUCUUGUUCUUAUUCGGAAUGGCCAGGUGUUGGAGACCGUGAGCGGGAGCAGUGCGGUGAAGGUGCGGAAUGCAAUCGAGACUCAUGCCAGCAAGACCAGAACGCCAACCCAAAGCAGCAGUGCAGACACUGCUGCCAACGCGACAGCUGAAGUGUCAACAGAAGAGGACCCGGAGAAGAAGAAGCAGGAGCUGUUCAAGCGCCUUGCGGAUUUGGUGAAGGCAGCACCGGUCAUGCUUUUCAUGAAGGGUACACCCAGUGAACCCAAAUGCGGCUUUUCGCGCCAGAUCGUGAAUAUCCUACGAGAGCACUCUGUCAAGUACGGGUUUUUCAACAUCUUAGCUGAUGAAGAAGUGCGCCAAGGGCUAAAGGAGUUUGCCGACUGGCCAACUUAUCCGCAGCUUUGGAUCAAUGGUGAGCUGGUUGGUGGCCUUGACAUUGUCAAAGAGGAGUUGGCCAAUAACCCCGACUUCUUGGCACCCUACAGCGUGAAGUCGAACAGUGAGACCUUCAUCCUCCACAGUUCUUAUCUGGUUUCGUUUGUGCUCUGCUUCAAGCCGGUCCUUGUAAUCUUCAAUUAUCGGUCCUUAACCAUCGCCCUCAACCAUGCCGUCGACACCCCCCUCGGUCACGACGUCAGCUUCUUCCGCUACUCGGUCACCGGAACCCCGGUUUCGGGUGGUCCGCAAGAGAAACAGGGUGCCCCUGAGUUGUCAUCCUUGCCGGACAAGAAAAUUGUAAGUUGAAAAAACUUGGGCCAGGGGGAGCCUAGUCCAGAUGAAAUGCAAUCCCGCAUCGACAGGUUGGAGGGCUUGGUGCUCUCCCUCAUGCAUGGAGGAGCAAACAUUGAUCUUGCAGCUAGCAGUCAUAUCUUGUCUGUCGCUGGUGGCAGCAGACUUGACGCAGUGUCUGGAACAGACACCAACCCCUUCACAAAGAGGGUUGAGUCCUUGGAUAACAACAUACAGGAGGAUGAAGAAAGCGAUAUUGACGACUCGCUCGCUCACUCCCUUGGUUGUCUGAAGGUAGAUCCAAUUCGCUCCAAGCACGUCUACCUUGGGGAGGAGCACUGGCACACCAUAUUACUUGACAUUGCUGAAGUCAAAAACUACUUUGCCAAUCACAAGAGGGAUUUAGAGAGAAGUUAUGAGAGAAUCAAGCUCAGCAAGCCCCCCACGGCAAAACAGCCACCCACGUUGUUGAUGGGUGCCAUCCCUGCGACUGAAGAUGAGCUUCGCGCAGAACUGCCACCAAAAUCCACAGUGUUAGCCUUGUGCUCGAGGUAUUUCAGCUCGAUGGACAGCUCCAUCAACAUAGUCCAUGCACCUACCUUCUACCGUCAACUUCAAGGUCACUGGAAUGACCCCUCGAAGACCCCAAUCAUGUGGAUGGCUCUUCUCUAUGCAAUCUUAUGCUUGGCGAUGCUGAGUUACAUCAAGGUUGGGGAUGAGCCUCCUGAGUGGAAGGGUCGUGCGCUCGAGCUGGCCGAUGAAUACAGGCUGCGAACAGUGCAAUGUUUGAUUGCCGGAGACUACACAAAACCGACAGCUUACACAGUUGAAUCCAUGCUGCUUUAUACCUUUUGCGAGUAUUUCUCGCGCUGGGAUGCUGACCUUGGCCUUUGGCAUAUCAUAGCCAUGACCGUCAGGACAGCUCUUCGAAUGGGCUAUCACCGAGAUGGCAAGUGGUUUCCCACUCUGUCUCCUUUUGAGGCUGAGAUGAGGCGGAGGACCUGGGCCCUUGUCAGGAUGAUUGAUGUCUGUUUCUCGCACAGAAUAUCGCUUCCUAACAUGCUCUCUGACAAUGACUAUGACACGGAGUUGCCACAUAACCUCUAUGACGAGGAUUUUGGUCCGGACACAAAAGCCUUGCCUCCAUCUAGACCCCUUUCUGAUCCCACACGGAUCAGCUUCAUGAUUUAUAAAGUCAAGCUCUGCCUUCAGCUUGGCACGAUCUUGCAGAUUACCAGCCGUGUCAAAAACCAAGUCCACUACGACGAGAUUUUGCGUCUGGAUGCUAGAUUGAGAGAGACCCGCGCGGAGAUCCCUCCUCACUUGAAGCUUCAGCCACUCGAUGGAUCCAAAGAUCCGCUUCCACUGAUAAUGGCGCGCUUCAACAUCGACAUACUGUACCUCAAGAUUAUGUGUCUACUCCACCGAAAGUACGUUCCCCGAGCAAGAAACAAUCCAAAGUAUGCACACUCGCGACGCAGUGCCAUCCAGGCUUCGCUGGAUACCUUGCGCCAUCUUGCCACCAUCUACAGGGAAUCUCAACCAGGAGGGGUUUUGAGUUCGGCCCGAUGGUAUUUUGCAACGGUAGCCACAAAGGACUUUCUCCUCCCAGCUAUGUUAAUUGCAUUAGAUCUACACUUUGACAAUGUCGCUCAGAAGACCGACGGGAAGAGGGGCUCAAGUCACGUGCAUUUCUGGACACGAGAACAGCGUGAAGAGAUGAUAAAGCACCUUGAGCUCACUAAAGACAUUGAAAAGGGGCUAGCGGACACCUCCAUGGAGGCUCUAAAGGCAGCUAACACUCUAGAGAUCAUGCUGGAUAAAAUCAAGAACGCAGAAAAAGAAACCAACACUGGGCCUCUUCCAGAGAGCGAUGUGAAGAUAGAACAACAGCCAGGACACAUGACAGUCACGGCACUCAGCAUGCCUAUAGAUGAGGUGGUGCAUACUCAGACGUCCGGUUUUGAUUCCCUGCAAAAUUCUCUUGGCAUCACUUAUGGGGGGCCUGAUCCAGGGUUCAGCAUAACAAACGCAGGGUUGCAUGCUAGCACAAGCUUCAACUACGACUCUAACACGGGCGGUCUUCCUUUGCCUGAUUAUUCAACGACCGCGCUAGGAGUUGACACAACUCGCUCGCCACUGACUGCCGUCUUGGACAACAUGGCAGGCGGUGCCAUGGAUUUUUCGGGUAACCUCGACUGGGACUCCUUUGAGAACUACACCCAAACAGCACACUGGGGCACAGAGUCCCUGCAAUUCUUCUCUGGAAAUCCCGACCAAGCUCUCCAGGAGACGGUUCCCAGUAGUGCGCUGUCGGCAGCCGAGUGGCGGAAGCAGUCCAUUUAUCAAGUUGUAACGGAUAGGUUUGCUCGGACCGAUCUCUCGACAACAGCUCCCUGCGACCCGGACCAACAGGCGUACUGCGGAGGAACGUGGCAAGGGCUUAGAUCAAAGCUGGACUAUAUCCAGGGGAUGGGGUUCACAGCUGUUUGGAUUUCUCCCAUUGUCAAGCAGGUUGACGGUACCUCUUCUGAUGGAUCUGGCUACCAUGGCUAUUGGGCUGAAGAUAUUUGGACAUUGAACCCAGCAUUUGGGACAGAAGAUGACUUGCGUGAACUAGCCGCAGAGCUUCAUGCCCGUGGCAUGUACCUCAUGGUUGACGUUGUCACAAACCAUAUGGGCUACAUGGGGUGCAGAUCUUGUGUCGACUAUUCGCGCUUAAAGCCCUUUUCGUCGUCAUCGUACUAUCAUGCGCCAUGUGCCAUUGAUUACAAUAACCAAACAUCUGUUGAGGUGUGUUGGCAAGGAAGCCACGUCGUCAGCUUGCCAGAUCUUCGUACGGAAGACGAAGGAGUGCGCCGUAUCUGGAAUGAUUGGAUUAAAAUCAUUGUCUCCAACUAUUCCAUUGACGGUUUACGGAUCGAUAGUGCGAAGCAUGUCGAAAAGUCUUUUUGGCCGGAGUUCUCGUCUGCGGCUGGAGUAUUUCUGCUUGGCGAAGUAUACCACGGUGACCCUGCAUAUGUUGCGCCUUAUCAGCAAUAUCUCGAUGGUGUUUUGGACUAUCCAAGGCACAGCUACUACUGGAUUUUACGAGCUUUCCAGUCCUCAAAUGGACGUAUCAGCGAGCUUGUUUCUGGGUUGAACACCCUACGUAGUAAGGCAACCGACCUCAGCUUGUACGGAUCAUUUUUAGAGAACCAUGACGUUGCCCGCUUCCCAUCCUUCACCAGUGACAUGGCGAGGGUAAAGAAUGCAAUUGCCUUCACUAUGCUCAAGGAUGAUACCCCCAGAAACCGCGAAGCGCUCUGGUCUUCCAGUUAUUCAACCUCAUCUGAGCUUUACCAGUGGAUUGCAAAACUGAACCAGAUCAGGACUUGGGCCAUUGCACAGAGUUCUGAUUUCUUGACAUACAACAGCCACCCGAUUUACUAUGACAGUCACACCAUUGCUAUGCGCAAGGGAUCAUCCGGAUCUCAGAUCAUCGGAAUCUUUACAAACCUUGGAUCAUCACCAUCAUCGGUCAAUGUUACUCUGAGAUCGUCAGCUGCUGGCUUUUCAGCCGGGCAGACGUUGGUGGAUGUAAUGGUUUGUACCGCCCAUACAGCUGACUCUACCGGAAACCUUGCCGUAACGAUUUGGAACGGCCUUCCCAAAGUCUUGUAUCCCCUGAAUCGUCUUAUUGGAAGCGGCAUUUGCCCUUCUUUGAUCGAUCUUAGACCAACUGCCACAGACAUAACGUCGACAGCCAUCGAAACAUCCACACCAACCAGCACCUCCGGCUGUUCUCUGAUAUCGGUCUAUAUCACAUUCAAUGUCUCGGUAACAACUGACUGGGGGGAGACAGUCAAGAUCACUGGCAAUGUUCCUGCUCUCGGUAACUGGAAUACGGCCGACGCAGUGGCUCUUAGCGCAGAAGGGUAUACGUCAAGUUACCCCAUUUGGUCGGGUACUGUCAGCUUGACACCUGGAACUGUGAUUGAGUACAAAUUUAUCAGAGUGGGCAGCUUAGGGACUAUAAGCUGGGAACGUGACCCGAACCAUAUCUACACUGUGCCCUGUGCAACGGCAACUGUCAGCAGCUCGUGGCAAGGUUGA